AUGCACAAGAAACAAAAGAUGAUGACCCAGCCAAUUACUCAAGUUUUUGAGUAUUUGAAGCAGGGAAGUAGAAUUCAAAUAUGGUUAUAUGAAAAUACUGAUUUACGGAUAGAAGGAAAUAUUCUAGGAUUUGAUGAAUAUAUGAAUAUUGUUUUGGAUGAAACGGAAGAAAUUUAUACAAAGAAAUCACAAAGAAAGAAAAUUGGAAGAAUAUUAUUAAAAGGUGAUAAUAUUUCUCUUAUUAGAGAUGUUACAAAUGUAAAACAAUAA